AUGUCUAACUCAAAAACCUUCUCCCUUCAUCCCGCCCUUGCUGUCUCGAACAUCAAGUCCCUCAUCCCCAUCACCCUUGAGAUGGAGAACGUCCUUCAUCCCGCCCUUGCUGUCUCGAACAUCAAGUCCCUCAUCCCCAUCACCCUUGAGAUGGAGAACGUCCAAUACGCGACGUGGGCGGAGCUCUUCAAAAUUCAUUGUAGAUCACAUAGGGUUAUUGACCACAUAAUCCCACCGGAAAAAGGCAAGGAGAAGGUACCGACAACCGAUGACGAAAAGGAUUUAUGGCUAACCCUUGAUGCAGCAGUCCUCCAGUGGAUUUAUUCCACGAUCUCUAGUGACUUGUUGCACACAAUCAUGGAAACCGACUCAACGGCAAUGGAGUCUUGGAAUCGGUUACGUGACAUAUUCCAAGACAAUAAAAAUUCUCGUGCAGUCACUCUUGAGCAAGAAUUCUCAACCACUGACAUGGCGGAUUUCCCUAAUGCCUCCGCAUAUUGUCAACGGUUAAAACUCUUGUCGGAUCAACUCAAGAACGUCGGGUCGCCGGUCACAAACAACCGGCUCGAUUUACAGAUGGUUGCCGAUCUCACUGAUGCUUAUAGUGGUGUUGCUAUGCUUAUCCGUCAAAAAGAUCCUCUACUGCCCUUUUACCAAGCCCGUUCGAUGCUAAUAUUGGAAGAAGCGGGUUUUGCCAAGAAAGCCGCCACCGUAUCUAAUUCCGCCAUGGUUACUACGUCAUCUAAGGAGUUUGAUGACAACUCUUCAUAUUCUGAAAAUAUGUCACAAAACCGUGGUAAAAAUCACCAAAACAAGAACAAUAAUGGUGGUAAAAAUCGCGGCGGCGGCCGAGGGUGGUGGCCGCGGAGGCAGGGGUGGCGGCAGCAAGCAGCGGCAACCACCGUCAGGCUGGUCGGACAGCAGCAGCAGCAAUGGCCAUGGGCUAUCCCACCAUGCCCAUAUCCAACUGCACCUUGGGCCAGGCCCAGUCCACAGCACAGGCAGCAGCAAUAG